AUGGCUCAUUAUCCAAAUAGUUUCUUCAAUUAUUCAUGUCUCGCUCAUCCAUAUAAGAAUCAGAUGGUUCCCUCACGCUCCAUGAAUUCUCAUAAAAACCUGGAAGACAUUAAAGAACUUCUGUAUUUGAUGAAUCUGAAAGCUCAACCAAGCAGAAGAGCUGGACUAUACCAACUCAAACCUUCAAAAGAACUUCAAGAGCUAUUAGACAAAUAUGAUGAAAUGGGUUUCAACCCUCCUAUAACUAAUGAUUCGGUGGAAGCAGAUGACUAUCUCUUCCAGGGCGAUAUUUUAUUGAACAAGAAGCAAGCGCAAUUACUCGCACGUGUACCAGUUACCGAUCAACUGGAAGACAAAGAAAACAAGCGAGUUACUCGACAAACCACAACUUUUCAAGAAUUAUGGAAUAAGAGGAAGCCUAUCCUCUAUGACGUAGAAUCAAUGAGCCAAUCGGUUUCUGUCCUUAUUCGCAGAGUUAUUGCAUUUUGGAUGAAAAAUUCUUGUGUUCGAUUCCGUGAAACUGAUUCGACUGCUUCACUGAUUCGUUUCGUACCACAGUCCGGCUGUUGGAGCUAUGUUGGACAUCAAACCUCUUGGAAACAACAAGAAAUCAGCAUCGGGGAGAAUUGUGACAGCUUUGGAACUGUAUCACAUGAAAUAGCUCAUGCUUUAGGCUUCUUGCAUACUCAAUCGAGAGAAGACAGAGAUGAUUUUGUGAUGAUUAACUUUCUCAAUAUUGAUCCUGAACGUCUCGGAAAUUUCAUGAAAGACAGCGAUUUAUGGGAAACUUUUCGAUUAACUCCUUAUGAUUAUGGUAGCGUCAUGCAGUACGAUCCAUAUGCAUUCGCCAUAAAUAGAAGAAUACCGACAGUUUUUGCGAAAGACUGGCGCUUUCAAGCUACAAUGGGACAACGUGCUGCUCCGUCGUUCUCUGAUAUCAAAGCCAUGAAUCUUCUCUAUAAAUGCGAUGAAAAAUGUAAAAAGAAGGUAAAUUGUACGAAUGGUGGAUACCGAAAUCCUAAAAAGUGUAAAGUUUGCAUUUGUCCUCCACAGUUUAAAGGAUCAACAUGUUCAAACUUGAACAAGGGCCAGUUGCCCAUAUGCAAUUCUAAACAUUUGAAAGCGAACGAAUCGUGGACGUCAUUUACAGGCUGUUUUGGCUCAUCCGAAACAAUGACCAGUUUCAUGGACUGUAACUAUCUGAUUGAAGCUGAGCCGGGAAUGCGGAUUCAGUUAAAGCUUAAAUUUCUCUCAUCACCCUACUGCUACACCUCUUGUCCUUAUCAGGCAGUCGAAGUAUAUGAGAAAAACUUUGAUGUAGCUGGAAUGAGACUGUGUUGUCGUGUGCGAGAACUCACAUUCACAAGCGAGUCUGAACUCUUUUCCAUUCGCGGCUUAUCUAGAUAUGGCAACGUUUCUUUCCAUGUAUGGUACACACAAAUAGGAAAGUGA